AUGUCACAGGCCUCAUCAACAGCUGCUCCGGCGCUGACGCCUAGGUUCUGUUUCAACGAGAGACUACUCAGAGAUUUUCUCCGACUUUCAAGAUCUACCAUCGAUGACUCGAUUACACAGAACUUGAACGCGUUGAUUACACCAGCCCAGGAAGGAUUUGACCCGUCAUCAACAGCGGUGCGACAAACCGAGUCUAGCUCUCGGAUCAAGUCCGCAGCCUGUCAGACCUUCAAGGAUAAUGUGUUAUUCCCGUCAUGGCAAACAAGAUCAGAUGUUCUCACUUACUGCGCUGGUGUGGCUACGAGUCCGGAUCCCGAUGAUCCCGACUUGAUUCUUCGACAAACAGAAUCCGCCCGAGAUCGGGAACGAGAAGUGGAUGAGCGUCUGGACCCGUACUCUGCUCGCUUCUUUCCACGUGAAGCGCGGACUGAGUCAUUGGCCAAUUUAAUUCGCAAUGAGCGCACUAUUGAAGAGAUCAUUCGGGCCCGAACGUGGGGGAUGGUGUCAGAAAAAUGCGGCGUCUCUUCCUCUAUUUGGGAAGAAGCACUCGAUAGCUGGCGCCAUUCGCAUCAGAAAUAA